AACAGCUGCAGCCGGCGCUGGGCCCGCCUGGAAUGCGGGAACAGGCUGCGCACCAGGACUUUUAUGGAAACUUGCUGCUGGAGCCCGCGGCGGCUGCAGCCAGAGGGCUCCCAGCGGCUGGAGCGGCAGCGACUGCGGUCAGAGCACCCAGAGCCCUGCGCACGCCGGGAGCAGGACACGCGCUGUCUCUCCGCCUGCAACUAGGACGUCCCUUUGUCCCAGACUUCUGGAGGGUGCAAAAAUAUACAAAGAUUCAUAAUCACCUGAGGCCCAGAUUGAGCAAACAUGAAUGAUAUUUCCCAAAAAGCAGAGAUUAAAGAAAUGCUUGCUUCUGAUGAAGAAGAAGAGGCAUCUUCCAAAGUAGAAAAGGCCUAUGUUCCAAAGCUUACAGGAACUGUUAAAGGUAGAUUUGCUGAAAUGGAGAAACAAAGACAAGAGGAACAAAGGAAGAGAACGGAGGAAGAACGAAAACGCAGAAUUGAGCAGGAUAUGUUAGAAAAGAGGAAGAUACAACGUGAAUUAGCAAAAAAAGCUCAGCAGAUUGAGGACAUAAACAAUACGGACACUGAAUCAGCAUCAGAGGAAGGAGAUGAUUCGUUACUUGUAACAGUUGUACCUGUCAAGUCAUACAAAGCAUCUGGAAAAACAAAGAAUUUUGAGGAUCUAGAAAAAGAGAGAGAAGAGAAAGAAAGGAUGAAGUAUGAAGAAGAAAAGAAAAUAAGAUACGAAGAAGAACGAAGAUCACUCAAGGAGGCAAAAUGUCUUUCAUUAGUCAUGGAUGAUGAACUGGAAAGUGAGGCAAAAAAAGAGUCCCUUUCUCCAGGAAAAUUGAAACUAACUUUUGAAGAAUUGGAAAGACAGAGACAAGAAAACCGAAGAAAGCAAGCUGAAGAAGAAGCAAGACAACGUUUAGAAGAAGAGAAGCGUGCCUUUGAAGAAGCUAGGCGACAAAUGGUAAAUGAAGAGGAGGAAAAUCAAGAUACAGAAAAACUUUUUAAAGCAUACCGCCCAGGCAAACUCAAGCUCAGUUUUGAAGAAAUGGAAAGACAAAGAAGAGAAGAUGAAAAAAGAAAAGCAGAAGAAGAAGCCAGAAGAAGAAUAGAAGAAGAAAAGAAAGCAUUUGCUGAAGCAAGGAAGAGCAUGGUAGUCGAUGAUGACACUCCAGAGAUGUAUAAAACGAUUUCUCAAGAAUCUCUUACACCGGGAAAACUGGAAAUUAAUUUUGAAGAAUUAUUAAAACAAAAAAUGGAAGAAGAAAAACGACGAACAGAGGAGGAAAGGAAGCAAAAACUAGAGAUGGAAAAACAGGAAUUUGAACAACUAAGACAAGAAAUGGGAGAGGAAGAAGAAGAAAAUGAAACCUUUGAGCUGAGCAGGGAAUAUGAAGAAUUAAUCAAACUGAAAAGGAGUGGGUCCAUUCAAGCGAAAAACCUAAGGAGCAAGUUUGAAAAAAUUGGUCAAUUGUCUGAAAAAGAAAUCCAGAGAAAGAUAGAAGAAGAACGAGCACGGAGGAGAGCAAUUGAUCUUGAAAUUAAAGAGCGAGAAGCAGAAAACUUUCAUGAGGAAGAUGAUGUUGAUAUCAAGCCUGCAAAAAAAAGUGAGGCUCCAUUUACUCAUAAAGUGAAUAUGAAAGCUAGAUUUGAACAAAUGGCUAAGGCAAGAGAAGAAGAAGAACAAAGAAGAAUAGAAGAACAAAAGUUACUACGAAUGCAGUUUGAACAAAAGGAAAUUGAUGCAGCACUACAGAAGAAAAGAGAAGAGGAGGAAGAGGAAGUGGCUAGUAUCAUGAAUGGCUCAACCACUGAUGAUGAAGAGCAAACCAGGUCUGGAGCUCCAUGGUUCAAGAAGCCUUUAAAAAACUUAUCAGUUGUUGACAGUGAGCCUGUUAGAUUUACUGUUAAAGUAACAGGAGAACCCAAACCAGAAGUCACAUGGUGGUUUGAAGGAGAAAUAUUGCAGGAUGGAGAAGACUAUCAAUAUAUUGAAAGAGGAGACACUUACUGCCUUUAUUUACCAGAAACUUUCCCAGAAGAUGAAGGAGAGUAUAUGUGUAAAGCAGUGAACAAUAAAGGUUCUGCGGCUAGUACUUGUAUUCUUACCAUUGAAAGUAAGAAUUAAUCACUGUUAAUCUAGGCCUUUUUAUUCUAUUUAAAAUAUUCUAUUAUUUUCCUUUAAAAAAAAAAUCACUUUUCUU